AGUUGGAAUCUGAUAUUCGGCGCGAGUGAACGUUGAGCGGAGGCGAAACACGUUGACGACGAACGUAGCAACGACGAAUCGUCUCAACAACUAUUCCGGCUUUUAACGCAUAAACAAAAUAAUGAACACGAAAACAGGUGCACAGAGGCAGAGCCUAAGCGUGUGUUAAGAAAUGUUGAGGCAUCCAUGACAAAAAGUAAGAAGAAUAGCAGUAAUAAAGCAAAGUAAUCGAUAAAAAUAAAGUAGUGAAGCAACGACGAUAAAAACAUACAUAAGCAAGGUAAACGCGAAAGAGGCUUAUAGAUAUCAAAAUGGUCACUUCAUGUCUUCUGCUGAGCGGCAGCUGCGACUAUCCCAACAACAGCACUGUCAAAAACCGGGUGUGCAACAGCGGCGCCGACAAGCACAAAAGCAACAAAUUCAACGAUAAAUUCGUUGCUAAAACACCCCAGCGAAAUAUGUCAUAUUGUGAAAUGAAAAAUAAAAUUAUUUUGACCACUUUUCGUGUUCCAUUGAUCGGCCUUUUCUCAUUGUUGGCCAUGGCCAGUGCGCUUGCUGCCACGGAGGGGGCCGCUGUCUACUCGAACAUCAAUUUCCUAAAGAAUCCUAAAUUCGAGCAGAUCUGUAGCGUCCAGCAAGAGCAUUACAUCGAGAGCGACGGCAAAGAGUCUAGUCUAAUACUUGAAUUUGCACCCGGCGUUUUAGCCGAGAAGCGACAUCUGUGCACGCGCAUUCUCAGCGCUCCUGCCAACUAUGGCUUCAUCGUACGCCUUAUUUUACCAAAGAUACGACGCAAUCGCCAUGGCGCUGCGCCUAAGACUAACGCAGACGAUGUUGUCGGAACGGCGACCAGCAGCGAGGGAACAUCAGGCACAGCUACAGCAAUACGCGCAGCGACAGCGUCGGCAGUAGCUGAUGGAGCAGAUGCAAACUCUGGACCGUCUGGCAGUGGUAUGCCUGUACUUAGCGGUAUGACGUCUUUGAUCGACAAAAUCAAUGCAACCGUUAACAAGUCAGCAAAGCCGACGAGAUCGUGCCCGUUGUCAAUUUUCAGCUCUUUGGACUUCCAUACGCCGCAAUGGCGACUCGACCCUUGUCUGUUGGAGGACACAGCGCCGGAAAUGGAUGAUCCCGUUCGGUUGUUUCAUGGGCGCGUGCGCAUUGUCUGGGAGCACGGUCACCACAAGCUGCAUUCGAAAUUGAUGGUCACCGCCUUGGGCAAGGGCGAGCAGUGCCGCAGUGAAAAGAAGCAUCAAUGCCUAAAAAUCGGUGACGAACCAAUUCUCUGCAUUUCUAAAGAUCUCGUUUGUGACGGCAUUCGGCAUUGCCCGGUUAGCAAUGAAUACGAUAGCGAUGAGGACUAUGAAAUGUGUUGGAAGCGCCGGCGCUACGGUGAGCCAAUACCACCUGCCAUGGAGACCGAUAUUUUCGAACACUUUGCCUUGGAAGUUUUUCGCAAUUUAUUUGCCUUCGAUGUGCCGACUCAGAGCGAGACAACGACUCCGACAGCUAUUACUACGGAUGCCGUGUCUACGAAUGAGGGUAUCGCAGGCAGUAUGAAUAGCACAACAUUGCGCAAAGUGAACUCAAAACAAAUGGAUCAGUCCGGUUCUAAUGAUACAAGCAAAAGCGCGAAUAAUGCUACAAUGAGUACAGCGCAAACUGAAACGAAUGCUACUGAAAGCUCUGGCGGCCAUCACCGUCGCAAUUCGACUCGAUCUGGCCUCAACUCGGAUCUCUCGAAGUACGGUCCGUGGGGUUAUCUCAUGCUGGGCAUGCUUCUGUGUGGAGGCGCCUUGCUGAUUUGUGGACUUUGGGUUUGCUGUUGUCGCUUAAGCUUUCACAUUCAAACCAUCCGUUCACUUUCAGCCUCCGCCUCCCAGCACGCGACGCAAAACGAACGCGAAUCAGCGCUGCAGACCAGUGCGGCUGCCGCAGCUAAUGAUCUUCAGACGGGCAGCGCAUCACCACCCAACUACGAGGAGCUCGAUCCGCCGCCCGCCUACUCGGUACUCUUCCCCAACCAAAAGGCGGCUUCCAGCACAACCCUAAGUUCCUUGGGCGCUGCAGCGCUCAUGCCGCCGACAAUAGCCGCCGUAGCCGUAACAACGCCCAAUGGUACAGUAAUGACAAUGCCCGCCGGAGGAGAAGGCGCUGCAGCGCCCUCUACAGCAACAGCAAUGACAACAUCCGCUGCAGCGUCCGUCUCGUCAGCAGCUAGCUCUACAACAACGCGCGUACAGCUCGAGAGUGCAACGUGCAGCUCGCAAGCUCACUGAUGACAACUGAGAGCCCGUGUGGUACCUGGAAAAGCGACGUCGCCUAAUAUUACUAAAUACUAUAGCGUAGAGAAGAAGUUUUUCUGAUUUUCCAAAAAAACGACUGACUUUUUAGUUCGAUUUAAGAUUUAAUUUAGCAAUACAAUAAUUAACGAGCUCAUUUGUAAGGUUAGAAAUUCGAAAGGAUAUUUUUAUAUAUUUUAUGUGAAUGUGUUGUGCCCCAAUAUAUUGUUCUUGUAGCCGAGCCUUUUUAAAGUUGUGGAAGCUUCAGGAAAGUUAAAUCAUUGACCGAAUUAGAGAAAGCACAUAAAACUUAAUUUUCACUGUAUAAUUUGGCUAACGUUAUGGAUAGUUUUAAAAAUACUCGACUACCAAACUUAAUCAGAUUAAAUAUUUGAAGCACUCUUUUACCCAUGUUUUAAGAAAGCUUUAUCUGGAAUUCAAAUAAGCAGACGAAAUUCUAGUAUGUGAAAGUAAACUAUAGCUUGAAAAGAGCGAAAGCUACUAAGCAGCAUAUGAUCGGUAGUUCCAGCUGCUUGCGGCUUUUUUCAUUAUUUGACAUCCCUUAAAUUUCGCUUUAUCUCUUAAUCUUACAUUCUUAUCAACUUGGUUUAUUCUACCAUAGCAGGUUGCAACGCGAACACAACAAUGAGCGAGUAUAAAUAAAUCUAGGUUAGGUAAUAGUGUCAAAUGUCCAUAGAAUGAGAGCAGAUCGUUGUGUAAUUUAAUUAGUUAUUCUAAAUAGAGGUUAACUGGAUAUCUGUAUGUAUUUAUGUGUAUAAGUGCUAAUAUGCAUACUGGAGAAAUGUAAUGUAAAACUAAUACUAAUUUAUUGUAAUGUGAUAUAAGUUAAAGCGUAUGUCGACGAGUAAGCAAAAUUAUAAAUGCAAAGUAGAUACUUAGUAGGAAAAUAACAAAUCAACAACAAGAAUAAAUAUGAUACAAAAUGACUUAUACAAAUAAAAA